CCUUCCCUCCCUCUCUCGCCACCCCAACUUCAUUCACUAGCAAAAAGGUGUUGUUAUACAGAAUCAAGAAUCCGACAACAUGGACAGAUUGCCAAAAUGCCAAGCAAAUUACUCAGCCCUUACUCCUCUUACAUUCCUUAAGAGGGCUGCUAUGGCUUAUGCCAAUCGUACUUCCAUUAUAUAUGGUCAAGUUCGUUUCACGUGGCAUCAAACCUAUGACCGGUGUCGCCGCCUCGCUUCCUCCCUCAAAUCUCUUAACAUUGUCAAAAACAAUGUUGUAUCAGUUUUGGCACCAAAUGUUCCAGCAACAUAUGAAAUGCAUUUCGCGGUGCCUAUGGCCGGGGCUGUGCUGAACACUAUCAACACAAGACUUGAUGCUAACACCGUUGCAACAAUUCUCAAGCAUUCUGAAGCUAAGGUUUUCUUUGUUGACUAUCAAUACGUGCCGCUGGCAAGCGAGGCCCUCCGGCUACUAGUGGCAGAAUUUGGCAAGUCUGAUUCAAAAGACAUGUCAAUGCCACUAGUUAUUGUCAUUGAUGAUCUUGACUCCCCCACAGGUGUGCGUCUUGGUGAGCUUGAGUACGAGCAAUUGAUUUACCAAGGAAAUCCAGGGUACGUCCCAGAAGAAAUCCAAGAUGAAUGGGAUCCAAUUGCGCUGAACUAUACAUCAGGCACCACCUCAGCACCUAAAGGUGUUGUCUACAGUCAUAGGGGUGCUUAUUUGAGCACCCUUAGCCUGAUUUUAGGCUGGGAAAUGGGCAGUGCACCUGUAUACUUAUGGUCGCUCCCCAUGUUUCAUUGCAACGGUUGGACUUUUACGUGGGGCACCGCGGCCCGAGGCGGGACAAAUGUGUGCAUUCGAAACACCACAGCCCAAGAAAUGUACUCAAAUAUUGCACUGCACAAGGUGACGCAUAUGUGCUGCGCACCUAUAGUCUUUAACAUCCUUCUUGAAGCCAGGCCACAUGAACGCCGAAAAUUCGCCACCCGGGUUGAGAUACUGACCGGUGGAGCCCCACCACCUGCGGCCCUACUCGAGAAAAUUGAAGGGCUUGGCUUCCAUGUCACACACGCAUAUGGCCUAACCGAAGCCACCGGUCCAGCACUCGUGUGUGAGUGGCAGGCCAAGUGGAACAGGUUAUCGAUGAACGAGCAAGCCAAGCUUAAAGCACGCCAGGGUGUAAGCGUACUUACACUGGCGGAUGUGGGCGUCAAGGAUUUGGCUACUAUGCAAAGUGUCCCCCGUGAUGGGAAAACCAUGGGAGAAAUCGUGCUGCGGGGGAGCAGUAUCAUGAAGGGAUACCUCAAGGAUGAAGAAGCGACCGCCAAAGCGUUUCAUAAGGGUUGGUUUGUAACGGGGGAUGUAGGGGUAAUCCAUCCUGAUGGGUACUUGGAAAUCAAGGACAGGUCCAAAGAUGUGAUCAUAUCCGGUGGGGAGAAUAUUAGCAGCGUAGAAUUGGAGAGCGUACUGUACAAACAUCCUUGUGUGGUCGAGGCUUCUGUGGUGGCCAUGCCUCAUCCAAAAUGGGGAGAGAGCCCUUGUGCCUUUGUGACCUUGAAAAAGAACUUGACUGGAGAUCAUGAAGAAAUAAACGAGGCAGAUAUCAUUGCACAUUGCAGGAAGAAUCUCCCGGCUUUCAUGGUGCCUAAGAAGGUGCAAUUCAUGGAAGACUUGCCCAAGACUGCCACGGGCAAAAUUCAAAAAUUCCAAUUGAGGGCUAUGGCCAUGACUUUCGUUGUCUCGGACAAUGACAACCCAUCAAGUCAGAAAUCUGAACAAGUCAAUUGGGUUCGUGGAGGAUACGAUGAUGAACCUCAGCAACAGCAGGUUUUAGCAAUAUCUCGUCUUUGAAAAUUUAAAAAAAAAAAAAAAUUGUGGGUCGUAUAUCAUAGUAUACUAGACAAGUUGUACUUGUCCAGCUUGUACAAAAUACUAAACGAGCAAUAAGUUGCAGUACUAUGGAAUUUAGUCACAGCUGUUUAAUUUAAUGGCACAGUCAACAAGCUCCAAUUUUGGACUA